CGCGGCCGAAGCGCGAAGCGCGUGCGCAGAGGGGCGGUGAGAAUGGCGGCGCGGGCGGCACCCAGGCUGAGGUCGUCUUGUAAUGGAAAAAAAUGGAGCUGACCAUGACGUUGCUAUGGAAGGACCUAAUGAUUUGUUCAUAGGCAACUGUGAUAGUACAGAAAAGUCAGAAACAGAUUAUCAGGUUUCUCAGAAAUUGGUACUCAGGAUUAAACUACAUUUUACUGGUUUUCCUCUGUGAAAGCAUCUAACCUUCAUGGAUUCCAGGGAUCCACUGUUUGGCCAGAGCGACUCUUCCGCAGCCUUGCCCAUCACGGUGCACCUCUCGGGCAGUUCUCUGUCCUCAGUGGCACCUGCGCGGCCACCCCAGCCACAGCCCCACUCUGCGAAUGAGUUCCACCUGCUCGAGCACAGUGGGCAGCCCCUCUACGAGCUACAGCCCCUCGGAGGGCCCAACACGCAGAUGAUGAUUGUUGCCAGCCAGUCAGAAAACGGGCAGGUGCUGCAUGUCAUUCCUUCUGCCCAGCCAGGACUGGCCCAAGUGAUUAUUCCUCAAGGUCAGCUUCUGGAUGUGACCAGCACGCAGGAUGUUUCGGAAGAGAAGCGUGGUGACGGGAACUUGCAGACUGUGGCAGUGGCUGCUAUAGGCGACAGUGCGAGCAGUUACAUUCUACAUCCUCAGGCAUCUCUCACCGUAUUGAAAAAAACAACAGCCAGGGUAGCGGAAGAUUCCUUUCCCAUCCCUCUCCAGCCACUGCAGCCAAAUACACCUGCAUGGGCACGCUGUCUCAGGAACUGCGAGAAAAUUGGGGACUCGUACCGUGGCUAUUGUGUGAGCGAGACAGAAUUAGAGAGUGUUCUAACGCUACACAAGCAGCAAACACAGAGUGUGUGGGGGACACGCCAGUCUCCAAGCCCAGCCAAACCCGCCACACGGUUGAUGUGGAAAUCUCAGUAUGUCCCAUAUGAUGGGAUCCCCUUUGUCAAUGCAGGAAGCAGAGCCAUUGUAAUGGAAUGCCAGUAUGGGCCAAGGAGGAAAGGCUUCCAGCCCAAAAAAGCUGGUGAGCAGGAAAGCACCUCUGGCCAUCUGUAUAAAGCCACUUGUCCAGCAAGGAUCUAUAUUAAAAAGGUUCAAAAGUUUCUGCAAUACAGAGUUCCUACUGACCCUAAAAUUGACAAGAAAAUCAUAAGAAUGGAGCAGGAAAAGGCAUUCAACAUGCUGAAGAAGAACUUGAUAGAUGCUGGCGGUGUCCUCAGGUGGUAUGUACAGUUACCCACUCAGCAAGCCCACCAGUAUCAUGAAAUGGAAACUUCUUGCCUCCCUUCUUCACCCUCCCAUUUUUCCGUGUCUUCUCCUGAGGAGGAGGAGGAAGUUGUUAGAGAUGAGAACUGUGCUCUGCCUUCCCGACUUCAUCCUCAAGUGGCAGACAAGAUUCGAGAGCUGGUGUCUCAGGGAAUAGAGCAGGUCUAUGCAGUGAGGAAGCAACUAAGAAAGUAUGUGGAAAGAGAAUUAUUCAAGCCUGAUGAAGUGCCAGAAAGACACAACCUGUCCUUCUUCCCCACUGUGAAUGACAUCAAGAACCACAUUCAUGAAGUGCAGAAGUCCCUGAGGAGUGGCGAGAUGGUGUAUAAUUCAGAAAGUAUCCCAGCAACACUGCAGUGGACCACAGACAGUGGGAAUGUUCUCACAGAAACGGUGACUGUUACGUUUGCCUCACCACCUUCAGAUGGGAGCUCAGCAGGGGAAUCGGUCGUCACCAAAGCAGAAUCCAACCAGAGCGCGGAGUCCUUGCUACCAGAAACAGCUCAGCUCUUGUCUUCACUCUCUUCACUUCAGCCCAAGAUAUUUGCACAACUUCAGGGAUUACAGCUACAGUCAACUUUUACCUCCACAAAUGGAUCAACAGCUGUGAUAGCUGUAAAUAACCAUUCCCCUCCCAGCCCUGCGAGUCUCCUGGAUUCCAUGGGGAGUGCAAUAACCAACCAUUCUCUAGUACUUGGUCAGGGACGCAGUCUGCAAGCAGGUGCUGGCCUGGCACAGCACAGCGCCACUGCCUCUGCUUUUGGUGAGCAGAGCCCGGUCACCGUGGGUCAGCUGGUGGCACUUGGAGGGGCAGAUGGCUCCAGAAGCCUGGAAGGAGAAGUCCAUCAGAUUCUCUUGGGAGAUGUACAGACUGUUCCAGUACAGACUGUGGACAGUCGACCAGCACUUGCUGAAGAAAAUACAGAUGGUGUUAUCUGCAUGAGCCAAGUUAAACAAGAGCCAGGAGAAAAAGCACUGUCUGUGGAGCCAGAUAAAAUCAGAGACUGCCGGAGUUCCUCACCUAUUUAAAUCUCUGAAGCCUGGAAGGAUUUUUCAAAUCGGAGAACUCUAAAUGUCUUGGAAGGAAAAGCGGGUGCUCUCAAAGUAAUGCCAUUCUUUUUAAGUUGUAUGGUGACAUUCAGAUUAGGCAUAUUUUACACUGGUUCUGACAGACAGCUGUUUUGAUUUAUGACUGUAGCUCACUGCCAAUCCCAGGCCAUUCAAUUGCCCUGUGGAACACCACCUCUUUUGUGUUUCAAGUUUGGAGCAAUUUGGAUGCUAUCCAAAUGGCCCGUUUUGGUCAUUUCUGAAGGUCUUUCCACAGUUUCAUUCCUUAGCUUUAGAAUGUGGAUCACAACACUGAGUUUGCUUUUCUUCUUGACACCCUUGACUGUUACUGCACAGAGACCAUAGAAUCUACCAGCUCUAAGACCACAGAAUCCAUACAGCAAUGGUUUUGUGAGAAAAUGAAGGUCCAAAAUGCUGAAUUUCAAAGUGAUGAAGGACAUUGAUGCUUAACAAAACACAGCUUUGACCUGAUCAUAAUGUUAACGGUGUGAAGAUCAAGGAGAGAAGAAAGGUGAGGUUGCCAGGUGAACGUACGGUUGUGUGAUGAAGAGGAGUGUGUGAAUUGUAGCAGUAAAUGUGUUCAAUUUUUACACCUUUAAACUUAUUUCUGGCUUUAUAACGAGGUUUAUUGCUGAAUGCAGCCUUUGCCAGCGAUGCUCUAUUAGCAGUCGGUUGUAACAACUACAUUCAGGAGUCUUGUCUCAUGGGAAAUGACUGAUGCUGCUGUUUCAGCUUAAUCUACCUUUUGUUUUAUGCACUUAAGCUAUGAGCUCAGAUAAAUAUGAUUUAACAUGCUGCUGUUCAUGAUGUUGGCUUUAUGGAUACGUUAUUAUCAAAGAGACCCAAGAAAACAAAGCAAGUAAUAUAAAUCCAGUAUACGCAAGUGUGCUGUCACUAUAACAUUCAGAAAACAAACUCAUCUUUUUCAACAGUGGCAGCUUCUAGGACUAAAGUGGUCUGUAUUACUUAAAAUAAUUACCAGGAAUAUUUUUAAAAACUGAAUGUGAUAAAUAUCUUUUAGCAAUACUUAAGUCAAAGCCAUAAAAAGUGACAAGCACUGAGUUGCAUGAUCUUUGACAGACUUGUCACAUAGACCUACAAAAAACUUGGAACCCAUUUAAAGCAGUAAAUGUAAUGAAACUGAUGCCAACGUAGAUGUCAAGUUAAACAAUAGCAUUGUUUGCUUCAGAUGUUGAAUUCUCAGAGCAACAUUCAGAGUAUCUUGUAUACAGCAAUAUCAAUAGUUCUGUUACUAGUUCCUACUAAGUGACUGAGAACUUGAUCAUAAAAUUAUGUAUUUUUUUCAUUGUGCUGUACAAGAAUGCAGUCUGAGGCAUAUUAUGUAAACAUAAAGAUUAACAUUUUAAAAAAUUGAAACGUGUUAACAUCCAAGGCAUUCACAAUCAUCAUGUAAAUAGUGGCCAUUGAAAAUUAAUUUUUAAUUUUCUUUUGAGUGUUUAAAGCUAAAACUUGAAAAAGUCUCACAUUGAACUUGGGUUCCUGAUACCUGAUAUGCAGCAUCUGUUAGGUAGAUGCUAUAUCUUAGUCUUACCUUAAAAUAUAUUAACUUCUGUGAGGUUAACUAACACUGUUAAUGCUGUUCAUUUAAAGCUAAUGUUUAUGGGUUAGCUUAAAUUAAAGUUUUCCAGCAGGAUCAUGCUCUUAUUUAGUAAGUCAGUAUUUGAUCAUGCAAGUGCAUAGAGAAUCUCCAGUUCUUUCGGGUCUCUCACUGUUUCCAUCAGUUCUUGCUUAGUUCCCUCAUUAACAGAUCUGUUCAACAGUCCCUGUUCUUCCCACCAUGAGCUACAGUCUCAUCCUGGGCUGAACAAUAUUUCUGACGGUACUUCUGGUUUGGAGUCAGUGCUCACGUGCAGAAAUAUUAUUGUAGUUUGUUUUGAAUUGCAGGCUGUGAAAUGAAUUUUGUAAUCUACCCUGAAAACAACAGAACAAAAAGUUGGGAGAAGUUUGAAGCAGUAAAUAAGUAGUUGUUUUUGAAAGCUGAGGAUGACAGUUGCAAUUUUAUUCAUCAAAAAAUUUAAUUUGAAAUGUUUCUUCAGCCAAUACUCAAGUUUUUGUUUUCAGUUGCCUUCUUUUUCACAGAAUUUCAGUUCUGUGUCUUCUGAAUACAUAUUCCAGCUUAUUACUUUGUUUUUUACUUUAGCAUAACCUUUCGUUACACUUGUUUUGUGCACAUUGCUAAUGGAGGAACACACAUUCAUCACUCAUAGCCAGUCUCUAUAUUCAGCUUAACACCUUAGUUCACUAAUGUCCACCUAAAUUUUACAGAAGAGACUCUGUUAUGUAUAUGAAAAAAUCACAAGUAAACAAUACCACUUUCAAUACACUUAAAUUUGUUUGCAUAGAAUACUAGAGGCUGAUUUUUCCGAGAAAGCUCUGUAGGUUGGUGCAGAGUAAUUGUUUAUUACUUUGUGUUGGAACUGUAGAUGUUUUUCUGAUGUUUACUCUGUUUUCUUGUGGUCGUUACAUUCAAGCGUUUAUUUUGCAAAAAGAAUUCCUGAGCUUCUGCAGUACUGUAAAUGAACAAAUUAUUCUUUGAUUUAACCUCAUUGUUGGUUACCCAUAACAGUGAUUGGUCGGCUUGACAAGAAGGGUUGUGCUUGUGUGUGUGCAUGCAAAAAGAAGAUUUUUCUAGAAUGUAGAGAAGACGUAGAAGGGCAAAUGCCCAUAGCUCUCGUUCAGGGCUGGCGGUCUCUUGGAUGGAAACCAGCAGCAUUAAUGAGUCGCACUGUUCAAAAAUCAAGACUUGGCCACGUGGUAUGAAGAUUGUUGCUGUUUGUACAAAAUUUAGAGACAAAUGUCUGUAUAUAUGUGUGUGUGUGUAUAUAUAUAUAUUUAUAAAGUAACUUAAUGUAUAAUAUUUCUCUUCAAAGGUAAAGUACUUUUUCUUUAAAAGUAA